AUUCAGUUUUCGUUGCCAAAUCUGCCGUCUUUUCAUUUCCCAUGUAUCUUUAAUUGUGGUGGUGGCGGCGGUGGCGGCGAACCUGGAGCACCUGAGCAACAUGAGCCUGAUGAUGAUGACGACCAUUCAUCAACAAGUGACAGCGAGAAGACUACUACUACAGAAGCUACCACUUCGUCUUCAUCAUGCACGUCGGUGCAUGACGGGGUGUGAUGUGACAGGAACAACCUCUACUACGACUGGAGAUCCGUGUUCCUUCACAAAUACCGACUACCGAUGUGUCAAUACUACGGCUGCCACCCAAACCCCUGGAAUCAACGAGGCAGUUACUUAUACCAGCGUGAACUAUGACACCGCUCGGGCCGAGAGCAUCGAAAAGGCCCAAGAAACUCAGCCAACUGUCUUGCCGUGGGCAAAGGGAGGCGGGUCCACUACAGUAUCGGCCUCACCAUCGCCGACUGCAACUCCUUCUACGGCCACGAAGACUUCGGGGACUACCAGCCCGACUACGCCUUCGUCUCCAACCCGUUCGCCCUCUAGCCCAACUACAUUCCGCACUUCAACUACAUCCACACCACCUCCCAUCUGCAGUGAGGGGAAUAAUGAAAAGAUGGGGUUCAACAACGAGCCUUCCUCAUGGUGUUUCUGCGGCGGACGAGGGCCUUUCUCGACCAUUUCUGGGUCGACCUCGUCGUAUUGUGACUUCACGAAACUUCCCAGUGAGACCAUUUCAUUGACAUCUCACACUACGUCUAUCAACACCGGCUGCGUGGUAACCUCGACGGUCGUAACCACCGCCUCAGCCUCCGAAACCCAAACCUACUGCCAAUGCGGUCACGUUAUUGCUGGGCUGGGAACCACGACCAUGACAUCCGGCACCAUGCUCGUCGGCUGCCAACUGUCUGACUGGGUCAUGAUGUCGACCAUCCAGCCGACCACGACGUCCCUCAACCCCAGCCCGACCGAAGAAGCCAACUGCUUCCCGACGCACGGCGAGAACGACAUCGACAAGAUCCUCGAAGUCGCGCAGCCUGAUGGUUCGGCUUGGUGCAACGACCCGGACACGACCUUCGUCGACGGGACUGACCCGCAGGCCCCGGCUGGUAAUAACUACAUCCGAGCCGGAUGGACCCUGGCGGACGAUGCUCCCGAGGAGUGUCAGCAUUUCGACCAGGACGCGUCGAGGGCGCUAUGCGCGGAUCCGCUCAAUGAGAUUGUUUCCAGUUGCCCGUGGAACGGGGGUUCGAUCAAGAACGUCUGCGGCGAGUUCUGGAUGCAGACUUGUACUUUGGGACGAACUUGUGAUGUGGGAAGUCCGGACUAAUUUUGUAUUUUAGGGAGAAUAUACUGGGGGUGAAUGUGAAUGACUAUUGAUGUACUAGAUGUCAUACGUAAAUUGGCUAGAUAA